AUGGCGCUCAGCGAGCGGGGCGACGAUGAUGACGCCCUAGAGCGCCCGGCAUUUGAGCAGCAGGCGGUAGCGCUCGCCGCCCAGCUGCCCCAGGGCGGCGGUGGCGACGGCUCACGUCAGCCACAGGCGGCGGCAGUCGCACCGACGGCAGCCGAGUCUGGCGGCGACGGCUCUCCCAAAGCAGACGUAGACAGCAGCAAUGGUCUGCACAGAAAUAUAUCCACCAAGGAGAGCCUGGAGCCCAAGCUGUCGACGGCCUCCAGCGAGCACGGCAGCGAGGCGUCCAGCGGCAUGUCGCCGCCGCACUACAAUGCAGGUGAUGACAUCAUCUUGCGCCUCGAGUUCCUGCGCACCAAUGAGAUGAAGACGAUCAUUCGCUCGGUGUGGGCGGCGGUGGUGGUGGGAACCAUCAUUCUCAUCAUUGCGCUGUACGUCAAAAUCGACAAGCCCGACUCACACUACCUAGAAGACAAUGCCGUGCCCAUCAUCAACCUCUGCUUUGGCGGCGUGCUGCUCCCCGCACUGCUGGCCUGCUGGCUCAUGUUCUUCUAUCGCGUGUACAGAUCCAACCUUAGCAAGAAAAGGUGGAGCCACAGGAGGAAGCGGGCCGCUACGCUGGGAGGGAUCGAGAUCACGCUGCAGCUCAUCAACUGCGUAUUCUUCAUCAUCCCCAACGCAUACGUGCUGGGCCACCUGUGCUCCUGGUUCCACCCGCUGGUGCUGUGGUCGGGCAAGUACGUCGGCCGGGCGGAUGGCGCGGUGAUGGAUGCGCCGCUGCGGGCUCACUGGCCCAAGCUGAGCCUGUGGGUGGUGGAGGAGGGCACCCUGCUGGCGCUGACCAUCACCAUGUGGCUGGACCCAGAGGAGACGGUCUGGGACCCAACCAUCACCGACUGCCGCCAGCAGAACUGGAACUGCCACUUCACACCCGCCGGCUCGGCGCUGCUGGCGGUCAACGUCACCUGCAUCGUCAUCUACUUCCUGCUCUGGAUCUUCUUCGUCGCGCGCGCCCUCAACAACCUCAAGCACCUGCCCUACAACGGCAUGCGCAUGGCCAACCUGACUACGCGCCUGCAGAUCAAGCUGCGUGGCCUGUCCAUCACUUUCUUCGUGCUGUGCAGCAUCACGUACACAUUUGUCAAGCUCAACACCUGCAGCUCCUACAUCAUCUCCUGGCUGGGCUUCCUGCCCAUGCAAGUUGUCAUGACUGCCACCGCCAUCGCCAACGCAUACAUGACCAUGCCCAAGCGCCCGCAUCAGACGGGCAUCCUGCAGGUCUGGCUUCAGGAGUUUGCCUGGCUGGAGCGGGACAUCCCUCGCAAGAAGGAGGAGCGCGCCUCCAGCCUGCCACCAGACUCUUAUGAGAACUUCUGCCUGGAGUGCGAGCCGCUGUGGUGCUUUGAGGCAAGGCCUAGCUGCUAA